CCUUGCUAGCGAGAAGGAAGAAGCUAUUUUUGGUGUUGAUACUUUAUUCGCAACGUUAAUUUCGUUGUUUUAAUUCACAAAUUCAAUCGGAAUGAAUUUGUUAUUGAUUGCUUGUUUUUGUUUGAUGGUUGCUUAUACAGGUAACGCAGCCAAGUGCUACACUUGCAGCAAUUGCAGCGAUGAGAAGUUGAGUAGUUCCCAACUGGUGAAUUGUUCGGUUUCCCAGACCACAUGUGUCAAAGAAACGAAAUCAAAUGGUGCUGUUAAUCGAUAUUGCACCUCACCGCGUGAAAGUGGAUGCAAACAAAAGGGAAGUGGUGAAUUCGCGACCGACAUUUGUUUUUGCAACGAAGAUGGAUGUAACGGAAUUGAUAGCUACUCUUCAGCCGCUGCAACAACCACUUCGAUUAUUGAACCAAACACUUCAAGCGCCGCAACCAUCAAAUCAAGUUUCCUGAUUGGAUUCUUUAUCAGCCUCAUCGUCGCUACAUUUAUGGUCGUUUAGACCAGAAAUAAUGAAUGGUCAUAAUAAACACUUUGUGAGUGGAUCUUUGGGAAAAAAUAUGAAACGUUUGAUAUUCUCUGUUGUUGAUUUAUCUCACAAUCAAGCUUGGUUAUACAUGAAUUAUAGAUAAAUUGAAUGUGAAUUACUUGUCUUAUACGAAUUCUAA